AUGCCCUACACACCGUCUGGCUUUUUCUGCGACCGGCUGAUCCGGGAACGAGAGAGGAGGGACGGGGAAGGUUCUCUGAACAAGCCGCUGCGCUUCAACAGCCAGGACUUCAGCGUCCUGAGACAGGAGUGCGUUCAGAGGAAGAACCCUUUCGAGGAUGAGACCUUCCCGGCCACCGUGGAGUCCCUGGGCUUCAAAGAGCUCGGACACAAGUCCAACAAGGUCAAGAACAUCGUCUGGAAGAGGCCCAAGGAAAUCUGCGAGAACCCUCAGUUCAUUGUCGGAGGCGCCAGUAGGACGGACAUCUGCCAGGGAGAUCUGGGUGACUGCUGGUUGCUGGCGGCCAUCGCCUGUCUCACCCUGAACGAGAAGCUUCUGUAUCGUGUUGUUCCUCAGGAGCAAAGCUUCUCUGAGGGCUACGCCGGCAUCUUCCACUUCCAGUUCUGGCGCUAUGGCGACUGGGUCGAUGUCGUCAUUGACGACCGCAUCCCAACCUUCAACAACCAGCUGGUCUUCACUAAGUCGGCCGAGAGGAACGAGUUCUGGAGCGCGCUGCUGGAGAAGGCCUACGCCAAACUUCACGGCUCCUACGAGGCCCUGAAGGGUGGAAACACCACCGAGGCCAUGGAGGACUUCACCGGGGGAGUCACGGAGUUCUACGAGAUGAAGGAAGCUCCUAAAGAGCUCUACAAGAUCAUGAAGAAAGCUCUGGAGAGAGGCUCGCUGAUGGGCUGCUCCAUCGAUUCCCUGGUUCCCGCUCGCUUCGAGACUCGGACUGUGACGGGACUUGUGAAGGGUCACGCCUACUCUGUGACGGCGGUGGAGGAGUGUAAACCGUCUCAGCACAAGGACUCUAAAGUCCGUCUGGUGCGUCUCAGGAACCCGUGGGGCCAAGUGGAGUGGAACGGCCCCUGGAGUGACAACUCUAAGGAGUGGGCCACACUGUCUAAGACUGAGAAAGAGAAGCUGCAGCACCAGAGCGCCGAGGAUGGAGAGUUCUGGAUGUCAUUCGAGGAUUUCAAGAAGAACUACACCAAGAUUGAGAUCUGCAACCUCACCCCCGAUGCCCUGGAGGACGAUAAGAUCCACAAGUGGACGGUGUCUGUGAACGAGGGUCGCUGGGUGAGAGGCUGCUCCGCCGGAGGCUGCAGGAACUAUCCAGACACUUUCUGGACCAACCCUCAGUACCGCCUGCGUCUGCUGGAGGAGGACGACGAUCCCGAGGACAACGAGGUGGGCUGCACCUUCGUGGUGGCCCUGAUGCAGAAGAACAGGCGGAAAGAGCGCAAGAUGGGCGCCAACCUCUUCACCAUCGGAUUCGCCAUUUAUGAGGUGCCAAAGGAGAUGCAUGGCAACAAGCAGCACAUGCAGAAGGACUUCUUCCUCUUCAACUCCUCCAAGGCCCGCUGCAAGUCCUACAUCAACCUGCGCGAGGUGACCCAGCGCUUCCGCCUGAGCCCCGGGGAGUACGUCAUCGUGCCCUCCACGUACGAGCCGCACCAGGAGGGCGAGUUCAUCCUGCGGGUCUUCUCCGAGAAGAAGAACACCUCAGAGGAGAUAGAGAACAGGAUCGAGGCUGACCAUCCAGUGGUGAUGAACUCAUUAUUAUUCCCAAUCACGCUAAGUGAGAUUUUCAUGUUCUUCCCUUCACGUCUCAUUUCUGUCUCUCUGCUCUGUGGCUCCACGAUGCCUCAGCCGGCACCGGCCUCGGCGGGGGAGGAGAGCGAGGAGGAUCAGCAGUUCCGGACUAUUUUUCAGGAGAUAGCUGGAGAUGACAUGGAAAUAACAGCCAACGAACUGAAAAACGUUCUCAACAGAGUGAUCACCAAACAUAAGGACCUGAACACAGAAGGCUUCAGCCUGGAGAGCUGCAGGAGCAUGAUUGCUCUGAUGGACAUGGACGGGACCGGUAGACUCAACCUGCAGGAGUUCAGACAUCUGUGGAAUAAGAUCAAACAGUGGCAGGGAAUCUUUAAACAUUACAACGCUGAUCAGUCCGGCAGCAUCAACAGUUACGAGAUGAGGAACGCCGUCAACGACGCAGGCUUCCGUCUCAACAACCAGCUGUACGACAUCAUCACCAUGCGCUACGCCAACGAGAGCAUGAACAUCGACUUCGACAGCUUCAUCAGCUGCCUGGUGCGGCUCGAGGCCAUGUUCAGGGCGUUUCAGGCCUUUGACCAGGACGGAGAUGGAACCAUCAGACUCAGUGUGCUGGAGUGGCUCCAGUUGACCAUGUACGCCUAGAAAGGCCCAUCCUCUCCCAGGUGAGCUCCACUCCACACGAGGACCAGACCUGCCAGCCUUUACCUCAACAUUCAGUGUUCCCCGACGGCCGUCAGCUCUCAUCCACCUCACCUCCUCCUCCUCCCGGAUCCUCCUCCUCCGCUCUCUCUCUCUCUCCUCUCCGACGUUUCACCUUUUUCCACUUCUCUCUCUCGACAGUAGGUCUCGGGCCUUUUCGCAUCGUCCUUUAUCAUCAGGAUCUCAGUCUCCUUUCAGUCAUUCGCUUUGUUUUUUCAGGGUUUUUUUGAUUUUAUUUCUUUCUUUCUUUUUUCAAACUCACCCUUACUUUGUACCGUACAUUUUCUCAGGCAUCAAACACACACAACCUCCUUUUUUUCUGUCACGAUACCUCACAGUGCCUCUGCUGGUGAAACAUCUCUGUGCUGGUUUACUGUUCAUCCCCCCCCCGUGUGAUCAAACUGAGCAGCGCAGGCGUUUUUUCCCUGGUGGACGAUGAAUAAACUUGUGAAUCACCCCGACACAACAUUUCUACAGAAGAUCUGUGGGCCUCGCAAAAACCGACAUCACUCUGCCCUCACCCUGUUUUUCACUCACUUAUUUUUGUCAAUAAAAUAAUAC